CCAGCUCAUGCGCGACAGCUAAUCUUCUCCGAAAGCAGCAAGCCAAGUGAUACAGCGGAACCAAUUCCGAUUCGUAUAACAAAGAAUGCGGGCUAUUAACUCUCCGGACGAAGCUAUAAAUACUCUGGCAUCAUAUAUACCGAACGUAAACCCUAAUUCUUCGGAUCAUUUCAGCAAUAGGUACUCAUUCCAAUCUAGAAUUCGUCCCUUUCCCCUCGUCUUCUUUACCAACCGAGGCUCACAUAGCCAAUCAACUCACAAUGAUCGACCUCACCUUAUCCCCCACCCAAACCAAUAUCCGUACGCACGCCCACACCUUCGCAUCCAAUCACCUCAAAGACGCCCACACCCUAUACUCAAACCUCCCCACCCUGCAAGCCCGAUUCUCCGCCAUAAAGCCCCUCUACGAACAUGCCGUCCAGACCGGUCUAAUCCUCGCCCAAGUGCCAACCAAGUACAACGGCGCAGGAUACAGCCUGAUCGACAUGGCCCUGCUAACCGAAGAACUGUACACAGCAGAUGUCAACGUCGCAUUAACAACCCUGGCCACGGGGCUCGGUCUAUCCCCACUGCUGAUUGCGGGGACGGAGGCACAGAAGAGCAGGUUUCUGGGUCCGUUUACGGGGAGUAAGGGGGCGCCGUUGGCGAGCUUGGUGCAUUCUGAGCCGGGUGGAACGGCUAAUUAUGGGGUGACGGGGCUGCGGACGACGGCUAGGCGGGUUGAGGAUGGGUGGGUUAUUAAUGGGGAGAAGUUAUGGGCCACGAACUGCGUGGGGUGGGAUGAUCGCGGUGCGGACAUCCAGUGCGUUACGUGUCGGUGUGAAGAUGCCCCGUAUGCUUCCGCCGGUGCCAAAGGGCAGACGAUGAUUCUCCUAGUGACGAGGGAGGAUGUUGCGGCUAAUUCCCCUGACGCGUAUGAGGUUCUGUCGCACCCUGAAACGAUCGGUCAUCGGGCGGUUUCCGGCCCGCAUAUUCGGUUCCGGGAGUUUGUGGCAAGAGAGGUUAUUGCGAUGCCUGGAGCAGGGGCGGAGGUUAUUGAAGCCGCGUUUACUGCUUCUGCGGCUUUGGUUGGGGCAAUGGCUGUUGCGAUCAUGAGGCGGUGCUUUGAGCUUACGCUUCGGUUUGCUAAGUCAGAUACGAGGAAUGGGACGGAGGCAAUUAUUAACAAGCAGAGUGUUGCCGAUUUGCUGAUCAAGAUGAAAGGGCGCUGUGAAGCUUCUAGAGCGUUGACGUGGAAGGCUUGUGCUACUCUGGAGAGAUUACCUGAGGCGGCGGAGAUUGCGCAGCUCACUAAGGUGUUUUGUUCUGAUAAUGCGGUUCAGUGCGUGGUUGAGGGGAUGAAUGCUGUUGGCAUUCAAGCGUACCAGAUAACGUCGCAGUAUGGGGCUUUGCUAAAUGAUGCCGUGUGCUUGCCCAUCUUCGAUGGUGGUAAUGUUGGCGUGAGGAGGAGACAAAUCGAGGGCAUUUUCAAAUCGGCGGGAUAUGAACCAUGGGCUUCUACUUUUGGUUCGAAGCUUUGAUUUAUUAUGGAAGCUUUGGCGUUCAUCAUGGCACAAGUCGAUUUGUCUAUCUAACUAUUGGGGUUCUGGGCGUACGGUACAAUGAAUGAAUGGAUGCAUCAUUGAAGACAGGGGUUUAAUCUUUUGGAGUGGCUUGAUCCCCCUGUAGUCACCACAGCAUUUAUGACAGGAGACUGUGUGAGAUUCUGUUCGCUAGAGAAUGUAUUGUUUUCUUUCUUGGAUAGCAUGUUGAUGGAGGGGUCUUGGUUAGGGCUUAAUUAAAGUUGAUAGAGCCUAUGCACGGACCAACAUCAUUAUAUUGCCUGGACUGCCGUAUGCUUGCACGAUAUACAGUAAUCCUGGUUCUUGCUCUACAAAGUUAGGAGGAAGUAAAGACGCAAUGGAAUUUACUGGAUCAAAUAAUUAUUUGAAAGGAUAAGAUGUAUGAAUGUGCA